AUGAACCUCAUCAAUAUGGACGCGGAGAAUCGCGUCGUGCUCAACGUGGGCGGGAUCCGCCACGAAACUUACAAAGCCACACUGAAGAAGAUACCUGCCACGAGGCUCUCCAGGCUCACGGAAGCGUUAGCCAACUACGAUCCCAUCCUCAACGAAUAUUUCUUCGACAGACAUCCGGGAGUCUUCGCUCAGGUCCUCAAUUAUUACAGAACUGGCAAGCUACAUUAUCCCUCAGACGUCUGCGGUCCCCUCUUCGAAGAAGAGCUGGAAUUUUGGGGCCUCGACGCCAACCAGGUGGAACCCUGCUGUUGGAUGACGUACACACAGCAUCGAGACACCCAAGAAACCUUAGCAGUUUUAGAUAGGUUAGACUUAGAUACGGAAAAACCGAGCGACGAAGAGAUAGCUAGGAAAUUCGGCUUUGAAGAAGACUACUUCAAAGGCACCUUAUCGUGGUGGCAGCUCAUGAAACCCAAAAUUUGGUCGCUCUUUGACGAACCCUACUCAUCUACGGCAGCUAAGGUGAUAGGCGUUCUGUCCGUGUUCUUCAUCUGCGUCUCGAUCCUCUCCUUCUGCCUGAAGACCCACCCCGACAUGAAGGUCCCCGUCAUCAAAACGACGGCCGUGCGCACGACGAACAACGGCACCGAUUACUUCAUCGACAAGGAGGACACUGACGCCCACGUGGCCUUCUUCUACAUCGAGUGCAUCUGCAACGCUUGGUUCACCUUCGAGAUCCUCGUCAGAUUCAUCGCGUCGCCCAACAAGUGCGAGUUCAUCAACUCUUCGGUGAACAUCAUCGACUACAUAGCCACCGCGAGCUUCUACAUCGACCUGAUCCUGAGGAAGUUCGCGUCGCACCUGGAGAACGCCGACAUCAUGGAGUUCUUUUCCAUCAUCCGCAUCAUGCGGCUAUUCAAGCUCACUAGGCACUCUUCCGGGUUGAAGAUCCUCAUCCAGACGUUCCGGGCGUCCGCCAAGGAGCUCACCCUCCUGGUGUUUUUUCUCGUGCUGGGCAUCGUGAUCUUCGCCAGCCUGGUGUACUACGCCGAGCGGAUCCAGACGAAUCCCGACAACGACUUCAAGAGCAUCCCGUUGGGGCUGUGGUGGGCGCUGGUGACGAUGACCACGGUGGGGUACGGGGAUAUGGUGCCCAAGACCUACAUCGGCAUGUUCGUGGGCGCGCUGUGCGCUCUGGCCGGCGUCCUGACGAUAGCGUUGCCAGUGCCCGUCAUAGUGUCGAAUUUCGCUAUGUACUACAGCCACACGCAGGCUCGGGCGAAACUUCCAAAGAAGCGGCGGAGGGUUCUGCCCGUGGAACCUACCAGAGGCCCCAGGAUCCCCGGGACGGGCCCAACAGGUGCUCAGCCAGGCGGUCCCCAGGGCCCUACGGCCGCGCAGAACAGGCGCAUGAACGCCAUCAAGUCCAACCAUCCCAAGGACAUGCUGGGAGCACCCCUGCCCAAGAUGGGACUGCUAGGGGUGACCACAUCCCUAAAUCCAAACGGCGUUGGACUCGAAUCAAAUCCAGCAUUUUUGAUGGGCAAACCAAGAUUUGACCCCCCACCGCCGCCGCCCCCCACCUCCCAGCCGACGCAGGUGAAUCUAGCCGAGAGUUCGGGCCAGUGUUAUACGACCCUUAAGCCCACCACCAACUAA